UGGUUUACGACUUCUCACCACGCGACACAGAAUUAUUGGACGUAAUGGCGAACAAGCUUACGAUCGUGCUGGUGACGCUAAGCGUAGUGGCUGUUUGUGUACAAUCACACACCCUGCACAAUAACAGGCCAAUCCAUCCUGUUCGCCGAUUUGCCCCAAUAGCACCAUAUUUAGCUGCCAAACGUAUCGUCGGAGGAUUUGCGAUCGACAUCACUGACGCCCCAUAUCAGGUGUCCGUCCAGCACGACAACGAACACGUCUGCGGAGGGUCAAUUCUCAAUAGAAAGUGGAUUCUUUCGGCAGCGCACUGCUACAACGAUGAGUCACUAUCGCAAUCGACUGUACGCGUGGGAUCGUCCGAGCAUGCAUCCGGUGGAACUGUUAUGAAGGUGGCACGCAUCAUACCCUAUCCGCACCAUAGCUCCAACACCAACAAUUACGAUAUCGCACUGCUGGAACUGAAAAGUGAGCUCACCUUUAGCGACAAGGUUCAGCCGGUUGUGCUUCCGGAGCAGGAUGAACCGAUCGUGGAAGGUACCAUGGGUAUCGUGUCCGGUUGGGGACUGACGCUAAGCGAUGCCGACUCGAACGAUGUUCUACGAGCGACCAACGUGCCGACCGUGAAUCAGCAGGAGUGCAACAAGGCGUACCAUUCGUAUGGUGGAAUUACGGAGCAAAUGUUUUGUGCCGGGUACAAGCACGGUGGUCAGGAUACGUGCAGGAAAGAUUCCGGUGGCCCAUUCGUUGCUGAGGGUAAGCUGAUCGGAGUGAUCUCUUGGGGUCACGAGUGUGCUAUGGCGGGUUAUCCGGGAGUUUAUGCGCGGGUGGCUAGCGUGCGGGAGUGGAUUCGUGAGCAUAGCGGGGCAUAGGAAGCAGUCUUCGGAACUUAAAUUACAGUCAUGAACCGCAUUCUAGAAUAUUAAUAAAUUAUAUUCCAUCAACAUAGCCUCCAUGGUCCUAAUUAUUUUCCUGUGCUGAUCAUCUGCCAUUGGAACUUGUUAUGGAAUAAUUGCAUGUGGGACUACAGCUAUGGUCUUAAAUAACUUGUAAAAGUUAAUUU